AUGGACAAGCCCAAAGAACCCCCUGCCAACGCCAAUGAAACCGAGACCUACUCCGAGCGAGCCAUCACGAUAUCAGUAUGUGCUUUGGUAGCGGCAACUGCUGUCCUGCGAUACCUGGGCCGGUGGAGCCUAAAGAAACGCGUGGAUAUUGGAAAGGGGAAAGGGCAACAAGUAUUCGGAAUGGACGACAUAUUUAAUGUACUAGCCGUUUUGACAUUCUACGGUCUCGCUAUUGCUGUCUUUAUUGCCAUCGACCGCGGAACGGGGGUACAUAUCGGAGUCGUCCUGUUCAAGAGUGGCCUCCAGGGACUCAGCGACUACAUCCAGGCAAGUUUUAUUGACGCCAAUCAGGCCGUCUUUGUCUGCGCUAUCUUCUACAACACCACACUCGGCAUGAUUAAACUCAGCGAUUCCAAUCCCAAAAUGCUCCGAACUAUCAUCUGGACUGUUUUCGGCAUCGUGGCCGCUAACACGACGGCCAACGUGCUCGUCGCUCUAUUCCAAUGCUGGCCCGUCAAGGCUGCGUGGGAUCUGAGGAUAUUGCCAGAAGAUAAGAAAUGUAUCGAUGUGAAUGCGUUCUAUCUAGGUAACGCUAUUACUGGAGUGAUUACAGACGCAACCGUCUAUCUCCUUUCCGUCCCCAUCAUUAAGCCUCUUCAAAUGGAUACCAAGGCCAAAAUCCAGCUCUUAGCUACGAUGCUUAUCGGCGGCUUCGCAGUCGUAACCUCCGCCGUUCGCCUCGGCUUCAUCCCCGCCCUACUCUCCGACCCUGGCGCCACAAUGGCUAUGGGCAUACCCAUGGAUUGGUCUAUUGCCGAGCCUGUCGUGGGGGUUCUCGUCUCUAGUAUGCCUGCAAUUCGCGCCAUUCGCUGCCUCUGGCGUGAUCCAAAUCAAGACUCGUAUGGCUCUGGUCCCGGCCAUUCUACCCUGAAGAGUAGGAAUGGCGGCCAUAUUCAGCUGCAUGAUAUUAACACCAGCGGAACGACGAAGAGAGAUGCAGAGGGUUCAGGCGGAAGAGCACGCGGUGGCGAUAAUGAUAGCGAGGAGCACCUCGUUAUCGGGAGCUAUGGCUACAACAAGGGAAUGGGAACGAUUGAGAGAAAGACCGAGUUAGAGGUUUUGUAUAGUCCGAAGUAA